AAAUAUAAAACUGACGAUGAUUGUAAUUUUAAUUUUUUUAUAUAUUUAUUUGUUUUUUGUAUUUUUUAUAAUUAUAUUUUAUUUCCUUACUUUUUAGGAAAUCUAUAAAACAUAUAACUUUAACUCAGAAAUUUUAGGCUAAUUGACCAGUAUUUUAUUUAGUAUAGCAGAUCUACUUAAACCUCCUCUACCUUUCAAAGUCAAAGGUUGCUUGUCUUUUAGUAAUUGAUAAAAGCGUUUUGUUUACAUUCACUUAUUUUGAUUACCUUCAACUUAUUUUUACUUUCUUGUAAUAUUUUUUAGUUACAAACAUUGUUUUUAAAUCCAUCUGCACUUUGUUGUGCACUUGUAAUAUUAUUUAGUAAGUUAUAAUACAAUGUUUGUGAUUGAGUUACAAGAUUAAAAUACAAAUCUGUUAAAGUAAAUAAUGUACAAAUUUUAAAAUCAUAGCAUUUUAAAAUUUUUUUCAAUCAUGUCACAGUUUUUUAUUCUAAUGUACUCUUGUUGUAAUUUUUGGCCUAUCAAACCCUGACCCAUUUUGCUUCUCUCACAUUUGAACAGUGUUUUUUUGUUUUGUUUUUGUGUGUGGUAGAAACAUAAAAGUAAAAGCAUGUUUUAUAACUUUAUAAUAUUUUUAUUUUAUAAAAUAUUAGAUGGUGUUGAAAUCUUCAAGUUGCAUGGCUCAAGUGUUAUUGUGGAUGGAUAUUUUGCAAGUACUCAUUUGCAAUGUUUUACUCAAGUGAAGGUGCAAAAUGUUCCAGAAUCAGAUUAUUUUGCACCCUCACCUCCUCAGUUACAUGUUCAUGGUAAAACAGAGAUUUCUAUUGAGUGGGAUCCUCCUAAAAAUCUUCUUGGCAGAUUAAAUUAUUAUGAACUUAGAAUGGAUAACAUGGUUUCAGCUUGGAUGAGUGAGGGUAGAUGCGAAAGUUUACAUAGAACACGUCGAAUCAGCAAACAAUGAAAUUCUUCCAGAUGUUAUUGGCUUUAGUGAAAAAUAGACGAUUUCGGAGUUAGCGUAGCCAUCUUGGAAAAAUAUUCUUGGGGGUGCAAGUUGAACUUUGAACUUUCCGUUUUUAUGCAAAAUGUCAUAUAAAA